AUGUUUGAUUUUGUUUCAACCAUAAAGAACCAGUCGAUAUUCACUAAUUAUUUGGAUAAAAUAAUCCCCGAUGGCGAAAGAAUAAACCCAGCAUCAAAUAAACUUGUAAUCGUCAAAAACCGUGAUGUUUUUUACGCCGUAGAGAAUAUUAUAAGGUGUUGUACAAUAAAUUCUCAAACCAAGAACUAUAGAAUCUUAAACACCGUCAAUUUCGCUAUUGAAGAGAUCAAUGGUAGUCCGCAAGGAACUUACCUUUAUGCCACUGAUUUCAAGAACUUGAUAGUGUGUGAAAUCCCCGAUAAGUUAUAUGCCAAAGAAAAUAAAAUCAUCACCAGUAGUUAUAAGUUCAAUAUCAUUGGAACCAUUAAAAAGGUCAUAUGGUGUAGUUUACAUCGAGGUUUAGUGGUAUUGAGUAAUGAUAACGUCGUAAGGAUGUAUAAAUUCGAAAACCCUAACCCUAUAUUAACAGUUGACUUGAAUGACCAAGUGAAAGAAUCAGUGACAUCGAUUUCCUUUGGUUCUAAUGAUAAUUUGAUCGGUUCCAUGACUUUAUAUAUCACCACUUCAUCCAAGGUUUAUGCUAUUUAUCCAUUUUUACCUGAAGAUAUCGAUACUGAUGUAGAGUCCAUAGACUUGGCUAUUAAAGAGACUAACGAAUUAUUGAAAUAUGUAAGUUCUCUUUAUGAAAGAGAUGAUUUGAUUAAAUCCAUUGAAGACCAAUUAAACUUACUCAAAUUCAUGAAAGAUGAAGGCAAAGUGAAGUCAAAUUUGAAUAAACCUUGUGUUCAAGGACCUUUGAUUGAUCUUGAAAUGAAGAUUAAUGAUAUUUCCCUUAUUGGGUCCAAUAAAAAUGUUUCUAUGUUGGCUGUGGUAGGUAAUGAAGAUACUACCAUUAAAUACUUAUCACAAUUGAAACCUUUAGUGAUGAAAUUCGAAAAUUCAUCAUCUUUAGUUUCUCAUAUCUAUGGCAAUGCAAUAAUAACCAAAGAUGUUCAUGAACAUUAUGAAAAACCAUCACAAGGUUUCGGAUAUAUAGAUGAUUCCGAAAGUGAUGAUGAAGAAGAAGAGUUCCAUUUCUGGAAGAAUAAUUUCAUCUCCAUAGAUUUAUUGACUACUGAUAUUUUGAAUGAAACCAUUAAAGAUCCUAAAAUCAUCUUAACUGAUAAAUUAUUGAUCAAAGGUUCUAAUGGAAGUGUUAUUGUGUCCAAUGAUUGGAUAAAGAUGUUCUAUAAUUAUUUAAGUUACGACAUUGUCAAUUGUUAUCAGUUCAUCACACAAACGGAAUCAAUAGCAUUGAUCUCUGAUGAUAUUACAUUCACAGGUGAUUAUGUUAUCACUAUAAAUAACGAUAAACCUGAACUUAACAAAAUAUCCGAACCAGAAAUCAUCAAUGACAAAUUGAUACUCAAAGACACUGUGAUUGAAGUUAAGAAUGAUAGACCUCAAGAUACUUUAAUUGAGCAAAUUGAAGCUAUGACCAAAUCUUUAACCAAUAUCAACAUUGACACCAUCAAUGAUAAAGAUGAUGAUUUAUCAUUAUUAAAGAAAGUCAAUUCAUUCUCAGUUGAUUCUAUCAAAAAAAUUGUACAAUAUAGUAAAAUCUUAAUUACCUUGAAUUAUAAGGUAACUAAUGAAAUCAAAGAACUCACUAAUCAAGUUCAUCUUCUUGAAGAUAUAAAAGUUAUUGAAAUCAGUGAUGAAAAGCUUAAGAAACUUGAUACUCUUAAGAGUCGUCAAAAAGAUUUGAGUGUAAGGUUGAAGAAAUUACAUAGUAAAUUAACCAAUAAGAUUGAAGAGAUCAAAAUCCAAAAAAAUGUCCCAUUAUCCAAUACUGAACAAGCAUGGGUUCAAGAAAUUGAAGUUUUGACGAAGAACGACCCUUCAAAGAAUAUCAAAGAUUUGGAAAAUCAAGUAAAUUUGAUCAAAUCCAAAUUUAAUCAACGUUUGGAGAGUAAAAUAUCCGUCAAAGAAUUGGCAUUAUUGAAAAAUAUCUUCAAAGAUCAAUCUGACCGUUUAAACGGUUUAAAAAAUUCAUUUGAAUCUUUGAUUUCAGAUGUUAAUGCAUAA